AUGCAGCCUCACAAAAACCUCAGCUCUGAGUCACCUCCUGGUCUGGUGAUGGGGUCUUCUCUGCAUACAGCACAUCCACCGGUGCCUGGGCAGGAGCUGCCCAUGCAGAGCGCGCUGCGGGCACCACUGCACCACCUGCUCCUGCACUGGGUCUGGGAGCAGCUGUCCAGGUCAAAGGCUUCCCGGGGCCCCCGGCCGCAGCAGGUCCUGCCUGCUGCACACUCGUGUCACCAAGGGACCCAUACCCUUAGCUAUGAGCGCAUGAGCCUGGUCACUGUGCCCUUCGCCAGCCCUGUCUGCUGCACCUGUGCUCUGUCUGCCACAACCAGGGCCCUGACGCAGCUGUGGGCUGCUCAGGUGAAGCGGCUGCAGGAAGCACACAGCUCUCACGGCCUGGCCCCUGUCCAUCACCCGGGAGCACAACCUGGGUAUGACCGGCUGGAAGACUCUGGACGCCCACCCACGCAAACGUGCACACGCAAACGUGCACGCCACCCUGGGACACUCGUACCACCAGUGCAGGUGCACCACAGGCGUCAGAGCCACUGCACGGCUUCUCCGUGUCUCCUGCUGUCCUCCCUCCGUGAGAACGGCCCGUUCCAGACAGCGGCGGCCCCUUGGCCUGGGUCCCGGAGUGCAGAAGGCGCAGGAGCAGAGUCGCCGCAGCUGACACGAGACUGGGCUGUGGCUCCGGACGAGGCUGGGGCGUCGCCAACCACGGCACAGCCCAGACAGCCGCCGACGCGCUGCUCAGGGCGCUUCGGCUGCAUGGUGUGUCGCUGGAUCGCCCGGGACCUCAGCAGCCUCAGGGGGCUCCUGGACCGGCACGGCGUGCGCCUGGUCGGCGUGGGGCCCGAGGCACUGGGCUUGCAGGAGUUCCUGGACGGCGGCUACUUCGCGGGAGAGCUGUACCUGGAUGAGAGCAAACAGCUCUAUAAAGAACUGGGCUUUAAGCGGUACAACAGCUUGAGUAUCCUGCCAGCUGCCGUGGGGAAGCCCGUGCGAGAUGUGGCCGCCAAGGCCAAGGCUGUUGGCAUUCAGGGGAACCUGUCGGGGGACCUGCUGCAGAGUGGAGGGCUGCUGGUGGUCGGCAAAGGUGGUGACAAAGUGCUGCUGCACUUUGUCCAGAAGUCCCCGGGUGACUAUGUUCCCCAAGAGAACAUUCUGCAGGCCUUGGGCAUCUCUGCAGAGGUCUCUGCCAGUGAGCCGCCCCAGUGUGACGAGGAGGUGUGUGGGAGGUGAAGACCUUCGAGGAUCUGGGUGGACCUACUGCCUGGGUGUCCUGGGAGUCAGACUGAAGAAUUGUCUGGAGUCGCAGUGGGCCGAGA